AUGCACACCCACCUUCGGCGGCAGCGGAACGUGGUGAUCGACCGCUGCGAGUUUAACAUGCGGAUGCUGGAGCCAGGCGAGUCAGUGGACGAUUUUAUCUGCGCCCUGAAGGAGAUAGCGUCCUGCUGUGAUUUUUGCCCGAACUGCACCGAUGAUAGGUUCCGAGACCAUCUGGUGGUGGGCACCAGUGAUGACGAGGCCAGACGCCGCAUGCUGGAACUGCCCGAUCUGACCUUCCAGAUGGCCGCCGACCUGUGCCGGGCGUCCGAGAGCGCCCGUCUCAACAGCUCGGCGAUCCGUGGCCCGGGCGAGCCGUCUCUGCGCCGGCUCUCCGAGUACCGGCGACAGCGCGGUCGGCCGAGCGGCGCGGACUCGCGCUCGGCCGACCAGACCCGGCGCCGCCGGCUGGACUGUGUGGGCACGUGCGCCCUCACCCUGCAGCUCGGUGACGUCAUACAGACCGUGCAGGUGUCCGUUCUGCGAGCACUGCACUCACCACUGCUGUCGUGGCACGAUUGUAUCGGCCUGGGAAUUCUACCGCGGCGGGCAGAUUUCGACAAAUUGAAAGCCGAGUUCCCGAGGGUCUUCGAUACGGAGUCGACCCUGCGGAAGAUGACGGGGGAGCCGAUGAAGAUCGAGCUGACGGACGACGCCGUCCCUCACGCUGUGACCACCGCCCGGAAUAUCCCGUUCUGUUGGCGAGAGGACGUGCGACUGCAACUCGACGAGCUGAUGGAAAAGGACAUCAUCGAGCCGGUGGAGCACCCCACAGACUGGUGUCAUCUGAUCGUUCCUGUGGCCAAGGGGUCGUCAGACGGCACAGUGUCCGGCUGUCGGCUGACCGUGGACUUCACGAAACUGAACCGGUUCGUGAAGCGACCGACGUACCCGGUCCGCUCGCCUCAAGACGCACUCGCCUUCGUCUCACCCGGCGCUGCGUACUUCACCAAGCUGGACAGCAAGGCGGGGUACCACCAGGUCCCCAUCCGGCCAGAAGACAGAGACGAGACCUGA